GAAAAACAAUCCCAUUGAAUAAUUUUCCAUCUUUCUCUCUCUCAAGAGCAUAUGGUUUCUCACUCCCCUUCUAUAUAAACAGCCUUGUUAUCCUCCCAUUGUGUUCAACUUAGAAACACACACACAGAUCUUGCAAUCCAAAGGUGAAGACAAGAAGAAGAAGAUGAACAAGUCCUUCCUCCCCACGCUCCUCCUCCUGCUCCUCAUCUUCUCUGCUUCCCAAGAGAUGAUGGGAGGCGGUGUUGCUGAGGCGAGGGUGUGCAAGUCGCAGAGCCACCACUUCCACGGGGCGUGCUUCAGCGACCACAACUGCGCCCAGGUGUGCCGCACCGAGGGGUUCUCGGGCGGCGACUGCAACGGGUUCCGCCGCCGCUGCUUCUGCACUAGACUGUGUUGAUCUAUUAGUUAAUAAUGUUUGAUAUAUUUGUCUGUGUUGAUGAAUAAUUAAGCUAAGCAAACUCUCAUGAUCUCUCUCAUUUUGCUCCCAGCUUGGACGUGGAGCAAAAAACAUCAUCGUCCUUGUCCCUCCCAACUCUUUUAUUUGGUCUCGUGUCUUGUUCUUGUGUGUCUCUUGUCAUCUGUUCUUCAAGUUAUUCUACUUUUCACUUUUACAUUUACUCUCUCUUUACAGAGUAGUAGAACUUCAA